AUGUCCACAUCCACACCCAAAUACGGCGAACGCCUUUUAAAAUCCCAAGGCUGGCGCGGCAAAGGCUAUUCCCUGCACCCCACAGACAACACCAUCGGUCUGUCCAACCCUUUGCGUAUCUCGCGCAACACCGACGGCCGCGGCAUCGGCCAAUCGACGCACUACACGUCGGACCAAUGGUGGCUAGCGGCCUUUGACGAGAAGCUUAAAGGGCUGGACACCUCCAAGGAUGGGAAAGUGGUGCAGACGACGACUCAAUCAAAGCUGGAUGCUGUCACGGCGAAUAUUGGUGGGGGCAAGUACACGGGGGCGGGGGGACUUUAUGCGAGUUUUGUGAGGGGGGAGGGACUUGCUGGGACUGUUGAGUCGGAAAGUGGGAGGAGUACGCCGACUGAUAGGGAGGAUGUGGCUGGACUCAAAGGUGGAGUGAAGAAGAGGGAGAGUAGUAAUAAGAAGAAGGCGGAGAAGGAGGAAAAGAAGAGGAGGAAGGCGAUGGAGAAAUUGAAAAAGAAAGAGGAGAAGAAGGCGGCGAAAAAGGCGGCAAAGAAGGAGGAGAAGAGGAAGAGGAAUGCGACAGAGACGAAGGAGGAGAGGAAAGCGAGGAAGAAGGAGAGGAGAGCGAAGAAGGAGGAGAAAAGGAGGAAGAGGACGUCGGAGAAGGAGAAGGAGAAGAAGGGUUGAAGAUGUGAUGGAUGAUGGAGAGGUCGAAAAGUUGUUAGAAUGAAGAUACCCCCCCCCCCUUGUUGAGAA